AUGUUAUUAUUUGCAAUUCUCAGCGUAACUCUGGCAGCAUUUACAUUCGAUGAUGGCUAAUGUAAAUGCAAUCAAUUAGUGGUUGAAACAGAAUGUAAAUUCAACACCCAAUGCACAUGGGAUGGAGUGGCUAAAACCUGUUCUAGAAAAUCAUGUGCUGAUUUGAAAGAUCAAUGUUCUUCAACUCAAGGGUGUGCGUUGGAUUCCGAUGGAAAUUGCAAAGACUUCACCAAGUGUGCUGAUUACAAGGUCACUGGAUUAGGAUAAUGCUAAUACAAGGAUAAAACAUGCACUGAAGAUUAGACUACUUCAGGUGGAUACGCUUGCAAAGCUGGUACUUAUGUGCCUGAAUGUCAAAAGAUUACUAUUAAGGCAGACUGCAAAGGAUAUCAAAGCUCAACACAAGUCUGCUUUUGGACAACAAAUCCUAUGACUAAAGCAUAAGAAUGCAUGCCCGUCAAAUACACCUCCUGUGAAGAUGGAUAAUCAGAUCCCAACCUAUGUACAUUAAAUUCAUCCUGUAAAUACACACUUGAAAAGAAAUGUGUCCCUAAGACUUGUGCUGAUGUUACUACAGAAUUUUAUUGCACUUCUAUUCCUUAAUGGAAUAAUUCCAAAUUGACAUUGUGUCAAUGGAAUGGAAAUUGUUAGGAUGCUUCAGGAGUUGAGGUCUUAACACAAGCUAAGUGCUACUCAAGUACAUUAAAAAACUAUCAUUGGGUUACUUCCACUAACAAAUGUACGUUAUGCGCUGCUCCAGCUACAUCAACUACAACACCUACAGGAACAAGCACUGGAACAUCCACAGGUACAAGCACUGGUACAUCUACAGGAACAAACACUGGUACAUCUACAGGCACAAGUACUGGAACAUCUACAGGAACAAGUACUGGUACAUCUACAGGUACAAGUACUGGAACAUCUACUGGAACAACAACAACUACAGGAACAGGUACAUCUGCCGGAACUACAACCACUACAGGAACUGGAACUGGUACAACCACAACAACAGGAACCAAUACUGGAACCAAACCUAACGAUGCUUAUACCUAGAGUAAAUUUGCUUAGCUCAUUGUAGUUUCAUUAUUUAUGGCGUUUAUUCAAUGAUAACAUUAUUUUUAGAGAGAAAUAUCAUUAAAUAGCAAUUCUUUUUCUU